AUGCAUGAGAAUGGUCGACCUUGGCGCUCAUUGGGACCCAAUACGUUUUUCCUCAUCUCCCAAGUAAUGGACAUGAUCGAGGACCUGCCCACAAACAACGACAACUUUGAAAAGACUGACUUGCGUCAGCUCAAGGUGCUUUUAAAUUAUCUCCCUGGUAAUGACUUCAAUGACCUAUUCCGAUUGGCGUCCAGUUUCGGUCAAGAGGACAGGAAACAAGCAAAGGUGAAAUUUUUUAUAUACGGCUUGCCAAGUGAUAGCCUAUUCCCGAGGAAUAUCCUACACUUUGCUUACUCUUCCUUCAGUGUUCAUUGGCUCUAG